GGGAAAGGAAAAUAAACUCUGACAGGCUGCGCAUUAAACCAGGACUGAUCGCUUCUCAGUUUGACACAAAGGCCAUCAAGCAGCCGCGGGAGUUGGCGCUGACUUUUAUGUUGUUUUACAAAUAGGAUAUCUUAAAAAAAAAAUUAAAAAAUAAACCAUCGGGGGUGGGGGUGGCGAGGGGAGACAAAGGCAGCACCUCGAAGCCGUCGCAAGUUAUAAAACCGGCGAGGCGCUCAUGGGGUCUCCAUUACCUGGAGCCACAAGUCCAGGAAGAACUCGAGAGGCAAAGGUAAGGGAAUUUUAUUUCAUUUAUUUAUUUUUUUAAAGUGGAGAAGCAGAAGUUGCCCUGAGAAGAACUGGCUGCUUGGAGUUCAAGGACUCGGGCCUGUUUUUCCCACCGCAGUUUUAUGGUUAUGACAGGCUUUCCAAGAGGCACUAAAAACGGUAGUUUCCUCUUUUCUGCAGAAGAUAAGAAGACGGGAGGGGCGCGCGGGAGACGCCUCGGUGGGGAAAAAGGGCGCCUUGCUUCUCCUUCCGCAACCGAGCGGGUUUUCUCCCCCUCGCCUCCUGACUCUUCUGCCUCACCUAACAGAUUAGGAAACAGAUGGGAGAGUCGCAUCAGAUAUUCAGGAGUUUUUCUCCAGGGAGAGAGAGAGAGAGAGAUUUGAACAAGUAGAUGCAAAGGGCUUUUUUUGGGGUGGGGAGGUGGGGAGGAGGACACUUUCCGGGUUUCACUCCAGCUGCAACCCCUGCGUCCCAGAUCGAGGUUGUUGUGUGAAAUCUUGGGGAAAGAGGGGGGUUAGCCCCCUGGAUGAAGGGCCGCGAAAUGAUAGCCUCCCCCCACCCAGUGGACUACAGCCCAGAAGUCCGCAGUAGGAAGGAAGGAAGGGGGCGUGGACCGUUUCUAAGGGAGAGUUUUUCUUUCUCGCUCGCCCCAGCCUCCAAAUUUCGCUUCCCUCCCGAAUUAAGUGCCGGGGACCCCGGGCGAUGGGACCACGACCCAGCCAGUCCUUCUCCCCGAGAGGGUUGCCUUCAAGAACGACUAUUGCACCCCCCUAACCCGGCUCCACAGUUUUCCCAAGCGAGAGAUGUAGAACAACACAAUCUCUCCCUGUUAUCCCCGUCACGCAGUUGCUCUCUGUCAUUUUUCCUUCGCUCGCGUUCUCUCCUUGUUUAUUUCUUUUUUUUAAAAAAAAAAGUGUUCUCAGAUUCGAGUUUCUAAUAAGUUUUGGGGGUGUUGUUGUUUUGAAUUGUUCCGCCGCUGUUUUCUUUGGGCGCCCGUCUUUUAUCCACAGCAGUUUGCUAGUAUUUCUGGAGUUGGAAUGAGAGAGAGGAAGGGAUGGAGAAGGGAAUGUUGCACGUGCACGAGAGAGCAUAUAUGCAGAAUAAACCCCAUGCGCCCUAAAGAAAUCCCGGAAUUAAAAGUUAGAAAGCGACCAGAAAGAGAGCGCCAAAAUCCUCGCACGCUGCGAGCCAUUCAAGCGGACUCGGAUCUGUGGGCGCGCCAGAUUCCUGCGUGUUCUCUCUCUGUGUGUGUGUUAAAAAAAAGAUUACCUGUGCAUCGGCAUGGGUUUUUUUCCCCGGAUGCCGUAACUAAUGCAGAUAAGGUUAGGAUUUUUAAAAUUAUGUGUUUAAAAUAUUUUGCACAGAUACCUGUCCGAAAGAAAGGCAGGGGUAGGAUUUUAUUUCCCCCCCGCGUAUAGGAUAAGCAGCGCGCCGUCUUUUCUCAAAGCGGUUUAACUUGUCUGCUCUGAUUUUUUUUUUUAAUAUCCCGAUAAAGUUAAUUUUUUGCUUUCAUUGUGGUACCAGGAAUAGACAUACCUUCAGUAUUAAUAGUAGUAGCAACAACAACAAUAAGGCAACCUUUGGAAGAGGGAGCUGGAUGAGUUGAAUAAACUAUCAAGAAAAGUGUGGUUUGAGUUCGCGGUGGACAUACAAAUCGUAAAUCUGAACUACCGAUAGGAGUUUUUAAACCAACUCGGUGAUCUGAUUGUGUUCCAGAGUUAUUGGAAAGAGUUAGUGGUCUCCACCCCACCCCACCUUCCAGUGACUUAAAGCAGGAUUUAAUUUAAGGCUCUUGAGUUCAUGACCUACACAUCAUGGAUACAGGGAGGCUUGGUCCGAACUUUGGGUGAACGCUUUUUGUGGCGUCUGCGCUAAGGAGCCUCCUCACGACCAACAGAAGAUUGUAUAGCUACAAGACAGGUUAGGAGCAACCGCCUGGUUUACUUCAAGGCUCCAACGCGACUUCCCUUUCCACUUAUUUUGUUGUAUCACUCCUGGGAGCGGGAGAGAGAGAGAAACAUCGAUGAACUUCUUUAAAUCAGGAGAAAGUGAAUUCGUAUUGAAGGCUUUGAAGAGGUUUGCAAAAGGGGAAAAAAAGGGAGCGUUGUCCAAUUGUUUUAAGUUAGUCACUUGCGCCUUCUGAGUUUUUACGCAGUGCAAAGGUUGCUGACACUGGUAUUUUGUCUAGAUCUAAAGGGCUCUGUGUUUGUGUGUGUGUGUGUGUGUGUGUGUGUGAGAGAGAGAGAGAGAGAGAGAGAGAGAGAGAGAGUUAGUUAGUUUAUAUAUACCGUGAUUAAAACUGACCUUUUUGAUGCCCCUACUUCUAUAGUUAUAAGAGUCUGUCAAAGACCGAGAACCAUUUCCUGGCCAUUGACAACCGUGAUUGCCUGGAAUGGAUGGAAUGAGGGCACCUUGGCUUCGUUCAGUGCAGCUUAUCCAAUGCCACCACCCCCUCCCUCUCUCCCCGUGCCUAAGCAAUGACACACAGUCCAACCCACCACCAACUAAACCGAAGUACUGGCAGUCGAAGGAAAGCUUUACUUUUAACGAUUUCGCCUUAGCUGUUUUUGCAUCAGGCUGUCCACCUACCACAAAGUUGCUCAAAAGGCGACGAAAGCCCCACCAACUUGAAAUCUUAACGAGGCUGUAAAGUUUCUUGGGGGUGAGGUGGGGGUGGGGGGUUGGUAUCCCUGCCACACGUUGACAUGCCCCCUUUCCGCUACGCGAGCGCGUCUUUACGCGCGCACCUGCUUUCUGUGCGCGGAUGGAUGGUUUAAUUGUAAUUAGUCCGCAAUCCUGAGCACUCUUACGUGGGAAUGCCCUACUACCCUGCGUGGGACUCCGAGGACUAGCGUCGGGUGCGGGGCUACACCGAUUGCACUCCCUACACACCCGGGUUAUCUCUGACCACCAGCUAUAGAAAACGCGCGUGGAUAUUUCCUCCCACCCACCCCUUCCUUUUGAGUCAGGCGCACCUUUCCACGUUCCUUUCUGCAACGUUGUAGCCAUACCCCAAACUAAACUGAACAACCAAAGCCAGUUACGUUCAGUAACUGAUCUCCGCACCCGGCAAGGCUGAACUCCGCGCCGGGCACAGACGGCUCGCCCGAUGCGCCCUCCUCCAAAUUUGGGACGAAAGUCUCCUUCCCAUCAGCGACGAUGGGGGCCAAGGGGUGGAGAAAGGGGACGGCGAGGUGGGGGCAGCAAGUGGGGGAGACCGAUCCCAUCCUGUUCCUCCUCCUCCUCCCCCCCCGGCACAAUCCCCCCCCCCCCACGUCUCGCUCUCUUUCCUCCCAAGUUCUCCGCUCGCUAUCCCCCUUGAAUCCGAAGGAGCCUCCCGAUUGGGCGCUGGGCCUGGCGCACGUCACUCAGAGCGUGACGUGUAGUCUUCCUGUUUCCUUCAGCUGUGUCUUAAAGUAAAUCUUGUUGUGGUGCGGAGCCCUCAGCUGAGCGAGGCUGCUCUGCUGCCUGCAGAAAUAAGAGACAAUUACAGGCUGGGAGAGGAGAGCGGCGCAGAAGAGCAGGGUGCUCCUCCUCCCUCCCUCUCUCUCUGUUCUCCCUCUUGCUUUCUCUCUCUCUCUUUCUCUCUCUACUGCACCCUCGCUCAUUCUCUCUCUCUCUCUCUUUCACACACGCACACUCACACGCAUCUACAUACACCCUGGCACGCUCACUCUCUCCCUCCCUGGGCCAAUUACAAUAUUCAUCAGCGGCAAGAUAGCAAGGCUGUGUAGUUGUGCGGAGCGUGUGCGCGUUCCCUUCUUGCUCGCUCGCUCGCUCUCCGUCUCUCUCUCUCUCUUUCUCUCCUUCUAUCUAACCGGCAGGGGGAAAAGAGAGAGAGAGAGAGAGAGAGAGAGAGGAGGGGGGGCUCAGUUUCAUCGCCUUUGCAACUGAGUAAGUAUCUGUCUCCCUUCACUUCUUUUCUCUUUUUAAAUUGGGGGUGGGGUGGGGUGGCGGGUAAGAGAGAUGGUCUUCUUCGACGCUGGCACGGGCUUGCUCCAAAUGCUGGAUCAAGUUGGGGGCAGGGGGUGUGUGCGGUUAUUUAUUUAUUUAUCCUCCUUAGGGGAACCUCCCCCCCAAAAAACCCCUAUCAUUCUUGCUGAUUUCUUCUCCUCGUCCCCCAGUAUGAGGUUAAUGACGUUAGAGACUAAUAAGACCACACUGAUAACGGGGCUUUUUUGCUUUUGCUAUGCCCCAAACUCUAAAAGCUUCGGUACAAUCAUCGCAAUAGUUUGCCUAGUUGGAAAGGACAAGGUUUGAUGUUGGAAAUGUAUUUUUCCCCCUUUCCUGAUUGUCUCUCUUCCGUUCUUUCUCCUCUCGACUUUUUAAAUCGAUGUUUCGUAUAAAGGUUUUUGUAUUUUUUUUAAAAAAGGUUGGGAGUGGGGAAUGAUUCGGCUUUGUAUGAGUGUCUUUCCUGAGGCUUGCUUCCUUCCUUCUUCCACCCCCCCCAUCGCCCCGCCACCCCUUUCUCUCUCUCCAACUCCUGGUCUGGUCUUUCUUCUUUGUCUUGUUUAUUAAUCGCUGCCUUUCUUUUUGUCUCCUUCGAUUUGCUUAUCAUUUGCAUGCCCCUGACUUCUCAUAUCUCCCACCCCCCACCUGCUGUAUUUAUAAAUACGCGGAGAGAGGAUUUGAGCAGGAGGGGUGGGGUGGGGAAAAUGUAUGGGUGUUUGAAUACUUCUUUUUUGCGGGGGAGGGAGGACUGAGAAGGACGGGCUGGUGGACGGGAAAGGAUGAGCUGGAAGGGUGCUUAAAAAAAACAACAACCAAAAAACCAGGGGUCAGGUUCUUAGGGCUAGGUUGCAGUCAGACUCACUUUUCCUUGGAGCUCCCGGCUGGGCGUUUUAAGUUAGUUCCGAGGAAAUCUAUGAAAGGGCUUAAUGGGUGGUGGGAAGUUUGAUGGGGAGGAGAUCCAGAAACGAUCAGCGGCACGGUUGCGAUCUCCUCCGUGUCUGCUCAAGAGUUCUUGCCUUGCUUGGUUUCUUUUCUCCCUUUCUCUCUCUCGGUGCUGCAAGUUGAUCGGCUUGGCUUUGCCCUGCGCGCGUGUGACUUUUCUUUUCGAAAGAACGCUUCAUUCUCGAGGAGAAUCUUGCCUCUCCGGAGCGCGCUUUCGCUCUUCCUCUCUCCGCUCCCGACCGGCUUCCUCUAGAGGCGUCGCUCCGCAGCACUUGAGCCGAAGUGCUUCCAAACUGGCGGAUCGCGGCGGACUGGGGUUUUUUUGGGGGGUGCGCGCGCGUGAUUUGGAGAGGUGGGGGCGCGGAAGGAGGAGAAAUCUUUGCCCCCGUAACGGGACACUUUUCCCUUCCUCGUUUUUUUAUUUAUUCCUAGCUAGUUGGUGGGAUUAGCUCAAUUUGGCGGACAAACUCAAUAUGGCAAAGCUCCUCUACCCCUACCGCACCCCCUUCCCCCCUGCCGUGGUAGCGAAGAUCUGGCUACAAACGGUGCCUGUCGGACGACUGUGCAAGUGUGUGCCUGGGUAGGGGGUGUGUGCGCGCGCGUAGGGGGGGUACACGUGUAUGUCUGGGUGCUUAAGUUUCAGCGUGCGCAAAUAAAGGGGAAAGAGGCAAAGAGUUGCAAAGAAAAGUGCCCUCCAGCAUGGGAGGCCGUGUCUUAAGAAGAAAUAAUGCCCGGCAGGUGGAGGGGGCGAGGGGGGUGUCGGUGGGGUUGGGGGGGGGAGCGAAGCGAGUCCCCAGUUGCAAAGCAGCGACCGAGCAGCAGUUUUGGCUCGCAAGCGGUUGUAACAGCCCCCGGUGGCCUCUUCUAACAAGGGCGGGCUGGCGGCGGCGGGAGAGGCUGCUGGUGCGCUUCUCUUUCUUUGCCUCCGCUUUGGCAAAGCUCUUGAAAUUGUCCAAGGGGCGCUUCGCUCCAAGUGCGCAUGGGCAGUGCCAGACAGGUGUGUUGUGUCAAGAAAGACAGGUGCAAGUUUCUCUCUCCCUCUCCCCCUCUGUUGUUCCUCGGCACAACGACUGUUGAUGAAUUUAUGGCGCUUUGUUAGGAGAUGGGUCUCGCUGGGUAAGGGAGGGCGGGGGGGGGAGAGAGAGAGAGAGAGAGAGAGACUUGGACCUCUCCUGACACGCUUGGAGGAGCAUGGAAGGGGGAAAGUUGGCAUUUGUUUUCAUGAACUGGCAGGCUGAUGCCAUGCCUCUCAUCUGCCUGGUUACUUGGAGAUUUUAUGAGAUCACUCGAUGGUGCUCCCCGUGGAAACAGAAAGGUCUUCAGUUAGGGAAAGUGCUUGUGAACAGUUUGAUCCUGCACAUGUCUAUUCAGGAGUAAAUCCCAGUGUUUUCAGUGGGGCUUACUUCCAGGUAAGUGCGUGUAGGAUUACGGCCUAAGACGGCAUUCUUGGUCUGACUGAACCCUUCUAACAUAUAUAGGGAACUCAUAAGUUCUCUAACGACCCAUUUCUGGCAAUGUUUGCUCAGAAAUUAGCCCCACGAAAGUCAGUGAGGCUUACUUGAAAAGCAACUGAAUAACUCCCUUUUAAACUACGUGGGGGCUCACUUCUGAGUGAACACAUUUAAGAUUUGGCAGUAGGUCUCAAAUCUUGAGGAUACCUUUCCCAUCUCCAUCUGAGGACAGAUUAGGUGUCGUUUGAGUCCAGAGCAUGGAUAAGGAAGGACUGAGCAGGCUUAGAAUUCAAAUAAAAUAGACGGAAGGUAGUUUGAGUAUUGGAAGAAGAAUUGUGAACAGGCUAUUGGAUAUUACUUUCUAGUACAUCAAGUAUGAAAUGCCCCAUAUUUGACUUUUAUCAUUCCUCCCCUAAUCUUCCCACAAAUGCAUGCCUCCAAAGCUGUAGGUUUGUAGCCUGCAUUUGAAUAUACACGUACAAAGGAUGGAAGUCUGUAUGCAUCCAUUUGAGAGCCUGUAAUUUCUUCCAAGUUAAUGUUGUCUGCUAGGUUAGCGGAGGGCCAUGUGGAAUGAACUGUUAGAUUAAAAAUGGAGCACGUUGUUUGGUUCUUGUUUCGCAUUGCCUUGACAGGUCUGACCACUUUUGAAAUGGAUCUAGUUGCAUUUGUAUGUGUCUUUGAUGAUCAUUUCUUUUGCUUAAUCUGCUAGCAUGUAUUUCAUAGGUUACAACCCUGCAAGGCCCUUGCCAUUAUCCAUUUCACCUGCUUUUCCUUCCAAAGCUCAUCUCUAGCAAAUAAAAAAGUUGCCAUUUGAGUCCCACUAUUGGAAGGACUUGAACUUUUUAAAAUGUUGCUCGUAAGCCCAUGUGCUUCACAGAUUGCUGACAAUGGAGAUUGCAGACCACACAUUCAAAGCAAUAAUCUAAUACAAAACUUUGAACUGCAGUUCAAAAUUGAAAGAAGGCCUCUCUGCCACCAUUGGGGGUUUAUUUUAAUGAUCAGCCUAAAAUUAAAUUUGGUAUAUUUCAGAUGGUUGGAUGUUGCUAUUGGUGCUUUUUUUUGCAGCACACUUUCCAAGUGCACGAAAGUGUCAGGUGAUGGAUAACUUAAUUGUGCUCCGUUACAAAAGGCUCGAGUGAUUUUUCUGAGUAUGUUUUGUGGGUGAUUUGAUUCAGUAUUCUGAUUGGAGGUUCUAUACCUUGAUAUAACUGAGAAAAUCUGGGGUGAAACUGCGGUAGGAAUAAAUGUGCAAGUUUUGAUUUCGCUGGUGUGCUCUUUUUUUUUUUUGAAGCACUGGCUUGUAUGGAGACUAUGCUGGCAUGGCUAUGCCUUUUGUAUAUUGCUUACCCAAAUAGUUUAUUCAUACAGAGUAACCUUUAGAUGCAUUCGUAUAGGAUGGCUCCCUCCCCCCUCAAAAAAGACUUCUAACGCCAACAAAGCAAUAAGAUAGCAACUCCUUUUCGUCAUCAGGACACUUUGUACUUUCUAUAUUAUGUAGGAGUGAGAAUGCUAAGCACCUCACAGCAGCUUCUUAAUACCUUGCCAGAUUGGUCCCCAUGCACCCAUGAUGCUACACAGUAGUUUUCCUUCCUUCCUUUAACUAAAGAUGGGUCCUUAAUUCGGUCCUUAAUUAUUAUUUUUUUAACAUAAUGCCUUAAUUUAAAUGAAGCAGAAAAGAAGUAAUUGAUGCUAGAAAUAACCAUUACUUGUACUCCUAAAUUCCUUCACAACAUUUUAAAAAGAUGGAGUAUUUGACAGGAGUGUGUCAUCUAUCUUACUGAAAACAUUGCCAUUGGAAAAACAUUAAUGUUGUAUAUCUCCCCCCCCCCCACACCUUUUGUACUUCUCAGAAGUACAGUAAGGUGACUUAAAGUGGAUCUGUACAAUAUAAUGUUCUGUCAACAUUUAACAACUUGCGUGUACCGCUGUCAUUGUCUUAUGCUCCUUAAACUAUUAUACCUAAACCCAGUGCAGUAAGGACACUUUCAUUAUCACAUAUUUUCCCCUUCAAAACAUUUUUUUAGUUACAUAUGGAAUAUAAUAUUUAUGGACCGUGGAAGAGAGACAAUAACUGAGUUCUGUAAAAAGAACAUACAGUUUCGAACUUUACAGAAUGAUUUUUUCCCUUUCAAAUUUCUCAUUCUCCAGUCUUCACCAUCGGCAGCUUUGAUUGAGAAAUUGCACCAGAUAAUUCUGCGCUUCUUAAAGCAAUUGAUUUCUUUUACCAAAGUAAAAAUGUUGUUCAACUUUUCGCUGUACCUGCUAUUUAAAUCAUUCCCUUUCCCCCAAAUCAAUCCACUUUAGCCAUAUGGGAAAGCAGUUUAGUCUACACUAUCUAAGGCGAUUACUUUGCAGACAAGUCCAUCGAUGUUUCUAUUUGAGCCAUUCUAAACAUUUCUGGAUUGCACAUCUAAGCAAGCUAAUGUUUAGGGCGAAGGACUGGGAUGCCUUAAGGUCGUAUAGUUGACAUGGUUUUGGAAAAAAAUUGUGUUGCACCUUGUGGGACCUAAUCCUCUCCAUGGGGUUUUUGUAAACUAAACGCCAUGUAUUUGCCACACUACACAUCAUUUCUCAGUAUAGCAUAUUUGAGUGUUUGAGAUGAUGGUGAAGUGCAGGAGAGGACAGAUUAUAGAUCAGCAAGGUGUGAGCUUCAGCAUGGGACCUCGCUAGAAGAGAACUAAGUCCGGUUUAUGAUACAGGCCAUGGAAUUGAGAAAAGGCGCUCUUUGCUUUCCAUCUGCGAAAAACAGAGCUCACAAUCAAGCCCUACAUAAUUUGAAGGUUCAGAUAACAGAAGCCACACCAGGUCACCAGGUGAAGGGUCACUUGCAAUGUAUAUUGAAUUCAAAGUAUCGUACUAAGCAACAGCAUUUGUGUACAUUGCAAUCAAAUUUAGGAUUUCACUGAUUUCUAGAAUUUCAUUGAUCAUGUAUUCCAGAACAGAAAUCUGUGAAAAUCAAAGCAGUUUCCUCCCUCCCCUUAAAAAUGAGAAAGGAGUACAGUCUAUAAGUUGACCAUCAGUUUGUCCUUCCAUAUAUAUAUAUAUAUAUAUAUAUAUGCAUGCGCGUCUUAAUAGGAAAGACUUCAUCAUAUCAAAUGUGUCGCUCUUGCUGACUCAGAAUCUCACAUUCUGCUGUAUGCGGUAUUCUGUUUCUCUCAGGAUGUCAAUUCACGUUGGCUAUUUUUUUUUUUGAAACCAAGAGGUUGAGCCACUGGCAUUCUUUCGCUGCAGGAAAACGCAUUUCUCGUCAUUUGGGCUGAAAGUUCAAAGCCGGGAAUUCUGCUGUCUAAAAGCAGUUGUAGUAAGAGAUGGCAUCAGCUCAGAGGGUCAAUGGGAGCAGAGGGCUAGAGCCCCAGGGAGAGUGGAGGGGG